UUAGCAACAAUAUGUUCAUGAGAUCCAUUUCUUCCCCAGCCACUCCCUGUGGGCUGAUGCAAGAAGAAGCUGAACCCAUGAUAUGACACAAAGAUCCAGCACAUUGCCCAUAUCGCAACAGUUUAGACUAUAUUUCCGUUAGAGAACACUAGGAAAAUUUCCAUCACCAAAUGCAAUAAAAAACCGAAUAUACAUUUUCAUUGGCUUCAAGUAGCAGUCGUCUCAUUCGGUGCCUCUCAUUGGUGGAUUAUCCCAAUCGCAUUUUAAUUAUGAAGAACAAAGUGUUGAAGUACCACUCCUCUGCUUGUUGUGGAACAACAAAGAAAGACAGUCACGGUUGGGAUCUUCAACAGGGUCAAUUGUCUCUAUCGUAGUGAUCUCAUGAAGGAACAAGAAUGGACACAAGACGAAAGAACAGUUCAGCUCACCCUGAGGCAUCUCCAAGCAAGAAAAUGUCACGGGGAAAAACCUCCUCACAGGAGAGCCAAGGGGAGCCUUCAAUCGUUGAGAAAUUAGUCAAUAUGUGGAAAGCGAAAGCCCACUUCACUCCAGUAUUUUCUCAAGAGAGUUCUGAAGAUGUUAGAAUCAAGCAGCUCGAGGAGAAAUGUGCAUCGCUGGAUCAAGCCAACAAUAAACUGCAAAUCAACCUUGCUUCGUCAGAAGCAAAGGCCGCAAAGUUAGCAGUUGACUUGAUGAAUGAAGGAAACCAACAUCAGCAUCUGGUGAGCAAAAUGACUACCGUUUGGGAUUACAUGAAGAGCAUAACUGAAACCAUUAAUUACGUGACCGAAACAAUGGAUGACUGCAAAGGCCACUCUACGCGUCUUACUUCUGAGUACAAUGAAGUGAUCAUGAAGCUAUAUAAGGACAAUGAUACUCUGAAGAGUCAGGCAGAAUGUCAUGCAAAAGAGAGAAGUCAACACGCUGACGAAGUCCGAAAAUGUUCUCAGAAAGAAAUCGAACUGGCUGAGCUGAAGCCAAAGUACCAGAUCCUCGUCGUUGAAAUGGAGAACUACAAGAAGAAGCUGGGAGAACUUGGGGAGAGCGAGAGACGCCUCCAGAAGAGGAUCCUCGAUCUGGAGGCCACUGCUGGUGAAGAAAAACGAAGAUUGGAGUUGAUGUGCGCAGCUGAGGCCGAGAAAUUGAGUCAGCAGCGUCAUCUCCACGAGAUAGAGGCACAGAAAUUCCUGAAGGAGAUUGACGGGUUGAAGGAGAAGUUCAAGGACCUACAGGAUGAGAAGAAAGAUGUUUUUCGAUUGUUGGCUGAGAAGGGGGAGGAGAUAAAGGGGUUCGAGCAGGCGGUCGAUGACUACAAAACAAAUUUAGAAGAGUUGAAGACUGAAUUGGCUGAGCAAACGAGUCGUUAUCAGCGUGUAACUGACGAGAUGAUGAGAAGUGAAGCUGAAAUGCUGGAGAAAAAUAAACAGGUCUCUGAACUGACACAGCAAGUGGAGACUGUUCAGCUCGAAUUAUCGAGGAAGACAGUAGCGUUGGCAAGUUUGGAGGAGGCUAAAACUGGCUUGGAACAGGAGAUUGUGAAGAAGGAGUUACAGUCACAAGAGACCCAGACGAAGUCCGAUCAGGUGGAGAUGGAAUUGAGAAGACGAUUGUUCAUUCUGGAGGAGAAUCUCUCCCAGAAAACUUCAGAGCUACAGGAACUCGAAAAAAAGUGGGAAGAGGCUGAUUCCCAGAGGGAGUCUGUCUCGACGGACUUGUUGAAGUCUACAGUCUUACUUGAAGCAGUUCAGAAGGAAAAUGUAGAAAUUAAACGGAAAUUAAAUUUGAUAAGUUCAAGUAAAGAGGGUGAAGUCGGAGAUCUUAAACAUCAACUGGAGGUUUUGAAUAAGCAGAUGGAAGAGAGACAACUGAUAUUCAUUGCUAAGAAUCAGGAAAUGAAAUUGAAAUAUGAAGAAGCAGCGGUUAAGUAUAAAGAUGAGGUGGCAGCUACCCAAGAAAAUUAUAAGACCUUCACAGCAGAGGUGACUAAUUUGAAUGCAAAGCUGGAGGAUCUGCAGCAGAUCAAUAAGCAGCAUCUUAUGGAAAAGGAAAAACUCAGCAAACAGUUCAACUCGUCAGAGCUGAAGUUGAAAAAAAUGAUAAAAUCAGAGGGGCAACUCAAGGAGAAACUGCAGGCAGCCGAUGAGAAUAAAAAAAUAUCUGAUCAAACAAUAGAGAGCUUGAAGCAGAAGAAUCAGCAGUUGGAAACGAACAAUCAGGAAUUGAUGAAAAUGGAGAAAAAAUUAAAGACUGUUGAACGAAGAGCUGAGGUGCUCCAGCAGAAGUACUACGAUGCAGAUGCUGAUUUCAACGAGAAGAUCAGGAACUUGCAGCAGGAAUUGGAUGCGGCCAAGCGCAAACUCCAAGAAGCCAGUGAUGAACGUUUUCUCACGAGAAGUGAAUCCUUCCAGAAGCACCAGAAGAAUCUAGAGGCGUCUGAGAAGAGGGCUCAGGAGUUCGAGCACAAAUACUAUGCACUGCAAGAGGCUGAGAAACAGAGGUUCGAGAAGCAGCAGAGACUCACCGAGGAGGCGACCAUCAAAGCCCAAGAGUACAAGGAGAAUUCCAGAAAACUUGAAGCCCAGCUCCUGGAGUACGAUAACAAAUUAGCUAAUCUGGAGCAGUCACUUCAGGAUCCGCAACUAUUGUCUCCUGUCUCUUGGAGAAAUAAUCAGACUCCUAAGAAAGUUAUUAUUCGUUCAGAUGAGACUUUUCCACCAGGAACAUUUGAGGAGAUGCUACCACCCAGCACACCCAAGCAACCGGUUAAAUCGAUCCUGAAGGGCUUGGUAACACCACCCGUACCAGCCAGGAAACCCCAGGCAGUGUCUCAAAAACCUCCACUGUGUCCAAAGUCGAACAUAAACGAUGUUCAGAAGUCAGAUGGUCAUGGGAGUGAUGAACCUUCACGAAGCUCAUCGCCUGACAGUUCUGCGAUGAUUGUCGAUGAUGAGUAUGAGAAGAGUUUGCAGAUAAUACUCUCUAAACUCUCACAGGAGAAGGGACGAUCUAAGCCAACGACUCCGCCGCCGAAGGGCUCAAAGAAAUUUUUCAAGAACAAGGGAUCGCAGCCGAAAUGAAACCAUUACGUUAAGAAUACUCAUUAUUUUUUUUCAUUAAUAUUACAUUAAUUAAGAUGUUAUUUCACUUUGAUAAGAUGACAAAAUUUGAGGAGUUUGAAAUGUGUGGAUUUUCAAAGACUUUUUUUUGUUUUGAUGAAAAAUUGGUGGGUUAACUAAGAUGAUGAGGAUGUGGUGGAUUCUUUGAUAAACAAAUUGGGGACUAGA